UCUCACGAUCACAUUUCGUUUUACCGGCUGCACCGGCUGGUAACGUGACAGUGCGACUGUCAACAUGCCAAACGGCCUGAAAUAAUUACAACGAUGAUAACGUUCGAUAACUGAUACGAAAUCCGUAUAGUGAUCUGAUGGCGUACGAUAAGAAGCAUGCAAUUAUCAUCAUUGUCGCCGACAGUGAAAUCCCGUUUCACACAAUUCCGCUCGAUAUUCGAAGCGAACGUCGAGCGUAAGAAGGCUAGCGUCGGCGAGAGGGAUGUUGUUAUAAAUUCUGCAGACAAAAGUUUGCUCAUUACUUGUUCCCCAUGUCUGCAAUACAUCUAGCUUGUAUGCGCUGCUUAGAAUUGAUCUAUGAUCACCGCAGCUUAUUACCGGGGCACGCUCGAGAGCGUUCUGAGAACUCGAUUACCUCGAGCCUUUAUCACCUGCGAUAACGAGCUUUUUAAACCGGACGUGUGAUAUGACCUAAUUAUCAUAGACCACAACAAGAACGAGGGAGCUGCGAAUUACAACAAAAAUAUAUACAUGUAUGAUUGUAGAUUCUUGCAAUCUUGUAUGAAAGAUUGUAUAAAGUUGUAGAGUUAUAAAUUAAAUGAAACAAGGAAAGAAUGAUAUUACUGCCUGUCUAUCCAUAAACUUUUAAUCAGCAACAGAUAUCGCUUUGUUACAAUGGAUAUUGGAGUUGUCAAAAUUGCGGAAGAUAAAGAUUUUGAGAAAUUAAAGCAACUGUAUGAUGAUAAUAAUAACUGGAAACUUGAUUACAACAAACCUGAUCUAUCUGUCUGGACAAAAUCCGUCCCUGGAAUUAGUUUUAGGAUGGUGAAAAUCAGAACACGUUUUGCUGAUGUUACACCGGAGACAUUAUAUGACGUUUUACAUGAUCCUGAAUACAGAAAAGUCUGGGACACUCAUAUGAUUGAAUCAAAAGAUAUAGGAUGUUUUAAUCCGAACAAUGAUAUUGGUUAUUACUCCAUGACUUGUCCAUCUCCGUUAAAAAACAGAGACUUCAUUCUGCAACGAUCUUGGUUGGAUACUGGUGCGGAGCAGUUGAUAAUCAAUCAUUCUGUUUAUCACAAAGAUUAUCCACCUAGAAAACACUUUGUACGAGCAACAUCUUACCUCACAGGCUAUAUUGUAAGACCUUCGCGCAAUGGAGACGGUUCCGAGCUGGGCUACGUAUCGCAUACAGAUCCGCAUGGCAAAUUGCCUGUAUGGCUGGUCAACAAAGUCACGCAAAUAUUUGCUCCCAAGAUGGUGAAAAAAUUGCACAAAGCCUCCGUGGGUUACCCAACCUGGAAGUUACUUAAUAAUCCAAAUUACAAGCCGUGGCAUUACCCCGAACAAAUAAUGGCGCCUAGGAUACGUAUCGAAGAAUGCGUGAAAUCUGUAGAGGAGAAGAAUUCGAAGAUCAAUUAUGUGGAUGAGUCUGACAUAAGAGAAAGUUUAGUUAAGGAGCCUGUUGCGAUGGACAGCGAUUAAUUUAUUAUAAAGAAAUAUAAGGAUUUAGGUAAGUAAAAUAGUGAAACAAAAUAGUUGAAAAGGCUAGUUACAGCUACAGUAUUACAAAUAUAAUGGGACAAUUUGUACAAUUAUGAAGUUCGAUUUGCGCAUUUCUUAUAUAAUAUAUUCUAAUUCUAAUGUUACAUUUAAUACAUAUUACAACGUUACAAAAGUCACGUUCAUUAUUACACGUGAAGUCGCCUUGUGUGCGAACAUGGCUAUAUGUAUACCAAAAAAAAAAUGAUAUCGGUGGCCUGCUUUGUAUUAGGUACUAAUUUCAUGCCAGGUUUAUUGUUGGUGUUGUUAAAACGCGCAAAUGUAAGACAUUGCCGCACAAUAUGGAAGGUAUACGUAAACCUCUUUUUAUAAUUUAUUAUUAUAAGUAUCACAGAGCGUGCCUGGGCGCGCACGCGCGUGUCUCAAAACACUCGUCUAGUCUAUCUUCUGUAUUGUGCAUUGCACAUAAUUGUUAUUUAUUAUAUUAAAUCUUCUUAAUAUAUGCAUAUGAAAUAAUUACAAUUUUUUGUAGCGUUGAAGAAUAACGAGUUAGUAGAAGUUUUUCAAGGCUUUAAUGAAAAUCGGAUUCAGCAUUUCUUUUCAAACUAUGUGAAAUGUUGUGAAAAGAACGUGUUUGUUAUGUAAAAAAAAAAAAGACACAUUUUUUCUAUACACAGUUACCUAAAUGUUACAAUUUCAACUAAAGUAAAAUAAAUAAGCAGUUUAAUAUCGAUAAGAAGUUCAAAUAUACGUGAUUAAUCUUUGUCAUUUUAAACGGACUUUAUUCGCAACUUUCAUAAUUUCUUUUGAUAAAUAUAUCGAUCAAUCGUACACAAAUGAAUAUAAGUACAUAAGCAACAAAUACUAUUACAGAUCUCUUAUGAUUUCUUGGACUUAGAAUUGAUUAAUUCGGUUGUGUACUUUCUUCAUAUGUACAAAGUGUUUUCUGCAAGACUUUGCGUCAAACUUCAACAGCGUAUUUUUCAAAGAAUUUUUGUGCUGAAAUUUACAUACCGAGAGAAAAUCAAAAAAUUUCGAUAAAUGCAACUUUAUUAAUUUCAAAAAUGCAAACAUAUAGAUGGCUGUAAGCAACAGCAGAAAUUCUUUAGAGCUACGCUCGUGAGGUUUGUACGAUCUUACGAAUUAUACUGUAGAGUACAUGAAAUUCAGAAUAUAAAUAGACAUGUACUAUUUAACUACAAAUUAGUAACAGAAUCGCGUAGAAGAUUGUGAUUAUAAAACACAUUUAUUUUGAUUUCUUUUUAUUCUACAGAAAAUGUAACGCAAUAAAAAUUUAUAAAAUUA